ACGGAACGCAAAUUUCCGCUUAACCUCGCAUCAUCGUGACGCCAUAUUAGUUUGUUCUGGCGCUUAUGUGUAAUAUUUUUGUGAGUAAUGUAAUGGCUGUUAAAAAGUGAUACUUAGUGUAAUAAACAAUUUGACUGUGAGUUGUGGACUAUAAAUAAGAAUAAAAAUGGAUCCAUCUAAGAUGAAAGUCGUGGAUCUUAGAUCCGAACUCGGAGCUCUUGGUUUGGACACCAAGGGUAAUAAAGCGGCAUUGGUAGAACGAUUGAAGAAGGCUCUUGAAACUAAAACUGGAAAAGUGUUUGCUGAGACAUCUAUCCUGGAUACCUCUACAGAGGAUAUAGAUGAACCAGCAACACCAAGGAAAGUCAAUCCAGCUGCUAGAGUUACUCGGAGAUCUUCAUCAUCACGAUUAGCAACACCAGCAAAGCAACCAAUAAGAGAAGAUCCACCGGAACCAAUUGAGGAAGAAGUCAAGAUGGUAUCGGAAGAACCUAAAGAACCAGAGCCAGAGGUUGUCAAGGAGGAAUCACCAAAAAAAAUUGAGCCUCCUCCGAAAGAGGAAUCACCAAAGGAACCUGAUGUUGAGGAUCCUAAAGAAGUUCAACAUGAACAAGAAAGCGAGUGUGUAGCAAUGGAUCAAGAUAAACCAGAUGAACAAGUUAGUGCACCCGAUCUAUAUGAACCUGAAAGUCCGAAUGAAGACACCAAUGAUGUAGCUGAAGGGAGUCAGGAAGAGAAAAGUGAAGCACAAGAGAAAGAAGAAGAACAGAAGAUGGAGCAUGAUGGAGAGGAUGAUAGUGGAAGUAGAGAUAGGAAAGACUCUGAAGAGGGUAGAGAUGGAGACAGGGAUCGUGACCUGACAGAAGAAGAAGAGUGGGCAUUACUGAAUGAAAGACUCUUGAUAAAAGAACAAGAGAGACUUGAGAGAGAAAAAAUACAGGCGGAAGAAGAUGCUAGGAAAUUUGAAGAGAUGAGCAAGGAUCCUAUAAAGCUACAGCGUUUGAAGCGCAAGCAAGAGAAGAAAGCACGUUGGAGCAACUUCUACAAGACUGUGGCCGUUACUAAUGAAGUCCUCACACCACCGAUUGAGGAAGAGGAGAAACUUUUGAAAAAAGCUGAGACGGCGAUUAAAGUACCGGAGCCCGAAGUGAAUGAUGAUAAAGUCACUCUCUCUUGGUAUGAUAGUGACUUGAACCAAUUCUUGGAGUUGCCGGACCUAAACUCAGUGGUGCCAAUGAAUGAAGGCGCGCUCGCCCACGCGUGGGCCGGAAGCCGCGCCACCCAUGGUGUUACCACCGGACGAGUGUGCUUUGAGGUGCGAGUUGGUGCAGUUGUAACAACAACGGAGACUACUGAAAAGGAAGUUAUCAGCAACGGACUGAGAGUUGGCUGGUCCACUGAUGAUUCCAGUUUACAUCUAGGCGAUGGUGAACUCAGCUGGGGCUAUGAGAGUACAGGACGCGCAGUCAACAAUGGAGAGUUCAAGGACUACGGCAAACUGUACACUGAGAAAGACGUCAUUGGAGCUUAUCUUGAUAUGGAAUCAACUCCUUGCACUAUAUCUUACACGUUGAACGGCGAGGAGCUCGGUGUUGCGUAUGAGUUUGACAAGGCCCUGCUCGGAGAUAGACCUAUAUACCCUCACAUCUUGACUAAGAAUAUCUGCUAUAAAGUUAAUCUAGGAUAUGAAAGAUACAACUUACUAACUCGUACUAAAGUAGUGCGUCAACGUGUUGAAGUGCCGAUCGAGCAAGUGAUAGAAGAGAAGAAAGCACGACAGGCGGAAAUAGAACGUCUUAAAGAAGAGGCCAAUCGUCGCAACAAAGAGCGCAAGGAGAAGGAUCGUAAGGAAAGAGAGGAGAGGCAGAAGAAGAGAGAGGAGCGUGAAAGAUCAUCGCGCGAAAGGAAAGAGAAAGAAGCGGAGGAGAGGAGAGAGAGGGGAGAAGAGCCCGAGGGGGAGGGGAAAGAGAUGCAAGAGGAACAGGACGCAGGAGAAAGACAGGAGAAGGCUGAUGUUGAGGAGUCUGCUGAACAGGCCAAGGAAAAUGGCGACUCUGAAGUGAACAAUGAGCCGAUGGAGACAGACCAGCCGGAGUCACAAGAGUCUCAAGCAAAGGAGGAAGAGAAGGAGGCCACCUCGGAUAAGGAGGAGGAGAAACAGACCACCCCGAAUAAGGAGGAGGAAAAGCAGGUCACCUCUAAUAAGGAGGAGGAGAAACAGGCCACACCGAAUAAGGAGGAGGAAAAGCAGGCCACCUCUAAUAAGGAGGAGGAGAAGAAACAAGAGGAAGCCAAAGAAGAACCCUCUGCUGAGGCUGAAAAAGAGGUGACGGAAGACGAUUUUCUCAAAGGAAUUCUAUUAGACAAGCGAAUGAAAAGUGUCAUCAGAUAUGUGGUGGAGGAGGAGCUGGACGGUGAGGAAGCGAGCAUGUUGCCCGGCUACGUACUGAUGGCGCACGCGCAGACCCUGCCUGGACCACGGCCACCGCCAACUACAGCAGACUGUGAGGUGAUCCUAAUGGUAGGCAUGCCGGGUAGUGGCAAGACAUAUUGGGCGAAGAAUCACAUCGCUGCACAUCCCGAAAAGAGAUACAACAUAUUAUCAACUGGAGCGCUGUUUGAUAAGAUGAAGGUGGACUGUAAACCAUUCCGGAGCAGCUACGAGGGCCGCUGGGACGCCAUGGUGACCAAGUGCGCCAAAUGCGUGCUCAAGUUGUUGGAAAUGGCGCGGGGACGCAGGAGGAACUAUAUACUGGACCAGACGAACGUAUACCCGUCGGCCCAGAGGCGCAAGUUGAGGGAAUUCGACGGUUACCGGCGCGUCGCCGUUGUCAUUGUCACUGAUGAGGACACGUACAAGGAGCGCCACAAGCGAAGAGAAGAGGCCGACGGCAAGGAAGUGCCCGACGGGGCUAUCGUGGACAUGAAAGCAAACUUCACGCUGCCGGAGAAGGGGACCUGGCUCGACGAGGUGAUUUACCCCGAGCUGGAGGAGGAGGAGGCGAGGAAGAUACUGGAGGGAUUCCACAAGGAGGCGCGUGCGGCCGGCGUGGUGAGGGAGCGCGAGAAGCGAGAGCGCAGCGCCAGUCGCGACGGACAUCCGCCGCACAAGCGCGCGCGCGACGAGCGCAGGCACAGCAGAGAUGACCGACGUCCUAGGGACUUCCCACGGGACAGAGAGGACAGAUGGGGCGGCGGCGGUGGCGGCCGCUGGGGCCCGGCGGCGCGCGGCGCGGGGCAGACUCGCUGGGGCGCCGGCAACGGGCGCGACCGCGGCGGUCAUGUGCCGCCCGGACGCUUCGACCGGCAGUGGGGCGGACCACAGCACAACAGAAACAAUGAGUUUGGUCGCAACGAUCGUGACAACUUCCGUGGAGGUCGCGGUGGUCCCGGCAUGCGCGGUGAGCGGGGCCGCGGUCCUCCGCCAGGUGACGCCUCGCGCUUUGGUAGAGAUCGCGCCAACAACAGAGGUCCACAGCAAGACAAACGACCUGGACCAGGUAACAUGGGUGCGGGCAUGGGGUCGUGGCAGCGCGGCGGAGCACCCCCGCAGGGCGCAGGGCGGGGCCGCGGAGCGCAGGGCCCUGCCGGCGUACAAGGCAGCCUCGCCAGGACACAGGGCAAGGACGGGUCAAACCAAAAUCAGAACCAGGGCAUGAACACGCAGAACCAAGCGAACUGGAACCAGUGGGCCAACAACUGGGGCGGCUGGGGCAACUGGAACCAGAACCAAGGGUGGGGUAACUGGGGCAACUGGGGCUGGGGCGGCGCUGGUGGCGCGGGCGGGCAGGCGGGCGCGGGCGGGGCGGGCAAGGGGCAGCAGGUUGGUGCGGGCGGGCAGGGCCAGUGGGGCGGCUACACGGCUCAGCAGUGGUACCAGUGGCAGCAAUGGCAGCAGCAGCACGGCUGGCCGGGGUACCAGCAGUCGCAGGGAGGCCAACAGACUGGCAACAUGGACGCCCAGGCCUGGGCGCAGUACUACCAGAAUUACAGCGGUGCCGGUAAUAACAACAGUGCGACUGCUGCAGUGACAGGAGUGCCGCCGCCCGCCACAGACAAGAAAUAACCACUUUCACCAUAGCAAGCGAGGUGUUAACUGAUUUUGAUAAUGUGACACUGAAAUAUAUUUGACAAACACUAAACAAAAUGGACAUUUAACUUAAAGGCAGUUUAAAUUCAUGUAAACACGUUCGAUGCCACCAACUCACCGAGAUGGAUUACAUACAAUGGUGGUAUAGAAAGUGUUAGACCUUGUAAAAAUGUCGAAAUCUAUUUUUAAAAUUAACUUCUCUUUUGAAA